UAACGUAAAUUAAAGUUGAGAGGUACAGUCUGUGAAAGGACGGUUUGAAUUUUCUGCUUGCAUAAACUAGCAAUCUAUUUAUCUGUUUUUGCCCGAUCCUACUACGUUGAUCGACAAAUAUCAAAGACUGAAGUGCUCUUUAAAGAUGGCUGCAACUUCCAGCUAUGACCGAUUGAAGGAGCUGAAAGAAUUCGACGAAUCCAAAAUCGGAGUUAAAGGUCUCUCCGAUUCUGGCAUCAUAACCAUUCCUGAUUUCUUCAAACAUCCACCACAAACUCCCCCUGAUCUUAAAUCAAAAUCUUCUCAAGGAAACACUAACAUCCCAGUUAUCGACCUGUCCAAUGUGAGCUCCCCUGAUCACCGCCAGGAAAUCGUUAACCAAAUCAAAGAAGCCGCAAAAUCAUGGGGUUUCUUUCAAGUGAUUAACCAUGGAGUACCCAUACCAGUACUCGAAGAGACAAUCCGAGCUAUCAAAGCCUUCCACGAGAAGCCACAUGAAAUUAAAUCAAAGUACUACAAACGAGAAGAAUCACAAGGAGUAAUGUACGCUAGUAAUAACGAUUUGUACAGGGCUGAGGUUGCCUGCUGGCAUGACUCCUUGCAGGCUUGGAUGGGACCCAAGCCAUUGGAUCCGGAAGAUUUGCCGGCUGUCUGUAGAAAAGAGAUGGUUACAUGGGAUUUGAGUGCUACCAAGGUGGCCGAGACGGUGAUGGGUUUGUUGAGUGAAGGGUUAGGGCUGGAAGAAGGCAAGUUCAAGGACUUGACGUUCAGUGAUGCCAGGGUUUUGGUAGGGCAUAUUUACCCGCACUGUCCGCAGCCAGACUUGACGAUGGGGAUAACAUCGCAUACGGAUCCAGGAGUGGUGACGCUGCUGUUGCAGAAUCAGAUUCCAGGGUUGCAGGUUAUGCAUGGAGAUGAGUGGGUGAACAUCAAGCCUGUGCACGGUGGCGUAAUUAUCAACGUUGGCGACUUUUUGCAGAUAGUCUCCAAUGGAGAGUACAAGAGUGUACAACAUCGAGUAUUGGCCAACUCCUGCAAGGAACCUCGAAUUUCAGUUGUUGAAUUCUUCAAUCUGAGCAAAUGGAAGGGAGAUGGUUACUUUGGACCUCUACCAGAAUUGCUGUCAGCAGAGAAACCACCAAUAUAUCGUGAUUUCAGCGCUCAAGAAUUCCUUGAAAUCUUUUACACCAAGGGGCUGGAUAGCACGUCUUUGAUUGACAAAAUCACAAUCAAUCAUGACUAAGAUUACUCUAAACUAAAUGUUAAUUCCGAAUUAGUCAAUUCUUAUAUAUGUGAAUGCCUUCUAAGUGAGAUAUGUGUGCGUAUAAUUUUAAUGUAUAAGAAGAUUAUUAAUUUAUAUAUCAAGUGGGACUUAUGUCGUUUUUUUAAAA